UUAAAACUUUGACCUACCUGGUUGCAGCUUCUUCUAAAUCAGUUAGAGCCCUUGACCGAGCAACAGUUAAUGUCAAUAAACAACUUACAACAGUCAUCUCAACAGGCUGAAGACGCCUUGUCACAGGGAAUGGAAGCAUUGCAGCAGUCUUUGGCCGAAACAUUGGCCGCCUCACUCGGCCCAUCAACAGGAAAUGUUGCCAACUACAUGGGUCAAAUGGCAAUGGCUAUGGGAAAGUUGGGAACUCUGGAAGGCUUCAUUCGUCAGGCUGACAAUUUGCGGCAACAGACUUUGCAACGAAUGCAUAGUAUAUUGACAACUCGGCAAUCAGCUCGUGCUCUACUUGCCAUCAACGAUUACUUCUCUCGGCUUCGAGCACUUAGCUCUCUUUGGCUUGCUCGUCCCCGUGAGUAACAUCUCCCCGUUAAUGCAACUUGGUUUGUAUGUUUGUUGACAAUGUAAAAUUCGGAGGCAGCCAGGGGUCACCAGACGGUUUCUGUGAAUUCUUCCCAUCAUCGUCAUCAUUCCUGCAGCUUCAUCUCAUGUUGUAUAAUUUUUCAUUUUCAGUUACUUGAAGUAAUUGAUUUACAACCAAUGUUAAUAUAUUUAGAAAAGGAAAAAAAGGGUCAGAUCGAUAAAUAUAGUUAGCUUAGAACAUUGUGUUUAAGCGCCACAUUUUCUGAAGUAGCAAGAAAGACUUCACAAAAUAUGAACGACGAUUGAUUACAAUUGAUUUGGAUGAUGUAGCGUCUUUUCACAAAUUUUAGUGAGAUUCGGAUGGUGAAUCAUGGAAAGCUACCCUUUUUAA